AUGGGUUCGGAGAGCCCAAAAACGGUUGCCAAUGAAGAAACGUUUGAUGAAAACAGUUUGGCCGAAGCCAAUUCCAAGGAACAGUACAAAGAAAUGAAAAGAAAAUUGAGGCUUUUAGUCUAUGAAAAUGAAAUCUUUCAACAGACCCUGAAGACCACCCAACGGAAACUCCUGAAGGCGUCACGAGAUAAAAAUAUUCUACUGGAUAGACUGAUAAUGUAUGAAAUGGUAGAUCUCAGUAGUAGCGAUGAUGAACUGACCGAGUCAUCGGAUGAAGGCGAUUCUACCAAACCAGAACCUACUAAGAAGCGAAAAGACCCACCGGCAAACAACAACUCUUCAAGUGGAACUAGUAAACAGUCUAUCAGUCCUCAAAGGACUAAUCCAAAUCCAGCCAAAAAACGAAAACCUUCUACUCCAAAAGCUUCUAAGUCUGCACCACUGCCACUUCAAUCAAAUGAAUCUCAUUCUAACAAUACAUCGUCAACGGCUGAAAGCAGUAAAACAGUGGUCGAACCAAAGUCAGGAAACAGUUUAUGUCAACACAGUUUAGCAACAGACAUGUUUAAUGACACUUUUUCAGCGAAAAGUGAAUCAAACAGCACUUUCACAAUAAUAUGA